AUGAAGAUCUUUGUCUGUCUGUUUGCUGCACUUGUUGCCACCAGCUCGGCUGGCAUCAUUAGCGGUGGCGGCGGCGGCGGAGGAGGAGGAGGCGGCGGUGGUUAUAGUUAUGGCAUCGGUUCUGGCGGCGGAGGCGGUGGCCACACCGAAGUGCGCACUGUUAAGGUUAUCCAUGAGGGUACCGCUCAGAUUGGCGGCGGCGGCUUUGGCGGUGGACACGGCGGUCAUGGUGGACAUGGCGGACAUGGUCAUGGUGGCCACCAGGAGGUCAAGACCAUCAAAGUCAUCCACCAGGAGGCACCGGCUGCCUAUCACGGACACGGUCACGGACAUGGCGGUGGUCAUGGACACGGCUUCAGCAACGGCGGUCACCAGGAGGUGAAGACCAUCAAGGUUAUCCACCAGGAGGCUCCUGCUGCUCACGGAUAUGCUCAUGGCGGCGGUCAUGGCGGCAGUCACGGUGGACACGGCGGUUUCGGUGGUCACCAGGAGGUCAAGACUGUCAAGGUCAUCCACGAAGAAGGACACGCUCUUGGCGGCGGCGGCGGUUACGCUGGUGGCUUCUCCCAUGGCGGUGGCUACUCCCAUGGCGGUGGUUUCUCUCACGGUGGUGGACACGGCGGUGCUCACCAGGAAGUCAAGACCAUCAAAGUGAUCCAUGAGGAAGGUCAUGCUCUUGGCGGCGGUGGAGGCGCUGGCGGUUACUCUGGUGGCUUCUCCCAUGGCGGUGGACACGACUUUGGCCAUGGCGGACACCAGGAGAUCAAGACAGUCAAGGUAAUCCAUGAGGAGGGUCAUGCUCUGGGCGGCGGCGGCGGUUAUGCUGGUGGCUUCUCCCACGGCGGCGGUUUUUCCCAUGGCGGCGGUCAUGGUGGUCAUCAGGAAGUCAAGACCGUGAAGGUGAUUCAUGAGGAAGGACACGCCUUGGGCGGCGACGGUGGCUACACUGGAGGUUUCUCCCAUGGCGGUGGUUUCUCUCACGGUGGUGGACACGGCGGCGCUCACCAGGAAGUCAAGACCAUCAAGGUCAUCCAUGAGGAGGGUCAUGCUCUUGGAGGCGGCGGCGGCUACGCUGGAGGUUUCUCCCACGGCGGCGGUUUCUCCCAUGGCGGUGGUCAUCAGGAGGUGAAGACCGUCAAGGUCAUCCACGAGGAGGCUGCUCCAGCUCCCAUUGCCGUGCACAACGAAUACCUGCCUCCAGUUGUGUCCGCUCCAGCUCCCGGAUACUUGCCUCCAUCGGGUGCCUGGAAGUAAAUGCCUUUCCAAGGCGUUGUUGCCCUGUGAUGAACUGUGUCAUAACUGUCACCUCUUCCCCUUUGUUGAAUAGUUUUAAGAGUAAUUACAUCAUUUUUUUUUGUCCUCAUAAUUCCCAUUAGUCG